AUGGUGCAUCCGAACAACAUUGUCGCCGAUGACUUAGAAGUUUCGGAAGAGGUUAACAUUGGCAAAGAGCCGGUUAACGAUGUUAAAACCAUGACCGUUGUGGUGGAUGUUCGACAACAAUUUACAAAUGAUAUGAGCUUCGCUAGUCGUGAACAUUUUCUUAAUUGGAUUCAAAGUGCAGCUACUAAACUUGGAUUUGGCAUUGUCAUAUUAAGGUCCAACUAUGGAAGUAGUAACUGGAAAGCUUUUGUCAUGUUGAAUUGCGAGAGAGGUGGGAAGUAUGUACCAACAAACCGGGUGUUAAAACACGAAAACAUGGGAUCAGGAAAGUGUGGGAGUCCUUUUAGGUUGCGGGUGACUUAUAUGAUUGAUGAUUUAUGGCAUUUUAGCGUCAUUUGUGGACUUCAUAAUCAUGCCUUAGAAACCAAGCUACACAUGCAUCCAAUCGCGUGUCGGUUGUCCCGCAAAGAGAAGAAUGUUAUUUCGAACUUAUCGACAAUCAAAGUGGCGCAAAGAAACAUACUUGCCGAUUUAAAACAAAAAAAAAAUGGAUAG